UUCCAUACCGGAUUGUGCGGAAAUAAACAAAUAACAUGUGCAACGUUAGCAUAACUGAAACCUCUAUCUGUAUUUAAUUAAAUAUUUCAUUAUUUGUCAUUUGUUAUAAUAGCAGAUCUUCAGCAUGCCCUUCAAGCUGAGGCUGAAGAAGAGCCAGCAGUACAAGGUGGCGUCCAAGUCCUUGUUCGUGAUCUGCGUGGAGCUGCUGGAUGGGACGACCAUGGAGUGCACCCUGUCUGCCGAGAGCACCGGCAAGGAGUGCCUGGAUAGCGUGUGCCAGCGGCUGGGACUGCAGCAGCCGGAGUUCUUCGGGCUGCGGUACGCGUCGCACCAUGGGCCUCCUCACCUCCGCUGGGUGGACCUGGACCAGCCAGUGAAGAAGCAGCUAGACAAGCACGCUCGCGACCUCAACCUCUUCCUGCGCGUCAUGUUCUACGUGUCGGGGGUCUCCCUGCUACACGACGAGAUGACCAGGUAUCACUACUUCCUGCAGCUCAAGAUGGAUGUGAUGGAGGGUCGCAUAUGCUGCAGUCCCAAGCAAGCGGUGCUUCUUGCCAGCUACAGCAUGCAGGCCGAGUUUGGAGACUACGACUUGGAGCGGCACACGGCAGAGUACCUGAAAGAUUUUGCCCUCUUCCCGAAGCACCUGCUGAGGGACGGGAUCCAGCUGGAGAACCUGACGGAGGCUGUGAUCUGCCAGCACGCGGCCCUGGCGGGACUGGCCCAGGGCACGGCCGAGGAGUACUACAUACUGGCCGCCCAGCAGCUGGAGGGCUACGGCCAAGAGACGUUCAUUGCCAAGGAUGAAUCAGGGGUGGAAGUGAUAAUGGGUGUGUCUCUGUCUGGGGUGAUUGUCACGUACGAGAGCAUCCAGACAUCUAGACAUUACAGGUGGAAGGAUAUCGGCAGCCUGCAAGUGAACCACAAACGUUGCCUGUUGAUUGUGGGACACCGGCCGGGAGACAGCACUCAGUUCCACUUCUCCGACCCUGACAUGGCCAAGUACGUCACGUGCAUGUGCGACAGUCAGCGAGAGUUCUUCCUGCAGCAUGAACAGAUGUUGGAAUAUCCGGGGCAAUCGUCGCAACCUGUAGAUCCUACAGUGCUGUUCCAUGGCUUCACCAAGGACGGGCCACUCGCAGACAGCCGGGAGGAGCUGGACACUCCGCACCCCGGCGGGGGUCCCAGCGCCGUGUGGAGCGUCGCUCCUUCGUCGACUGUCCAGAGAGCUCGGUCAACCUCUUGCCUGGACCUGUCCCAGCAGAAUGACAUGGAGAGACUCAGGGCCCUGCUGCCGUCCUACCGCCCGGCGCCCGACUACGAGACGGCCGUGCAGCAGAAGUACCACGCAGCCACCCGUGCCUCCAACAGCGUGGGCGUGCACCCGGCCCACCAGGUGGGGCCCGCUGCGGUCCUGUACAGCAGCCAGCCGGAGAACCUGAACUCGUACGGCCACUUCCAGCACGUGCAGGAGGUGGACCAGCUGUACGAGGAGCCCCAGCACAUGACCGCCAGCAACGGCCCGUCGCAGUCCGCCGUCCUCCCCGCCGUGCACGCUUACAGUUCCUGCUGUGAACGCGUGUGCAGCGCUGGGCCGGAGAUGGACCCCGCAGCGAAUCACAUCAUCCAGGGGCUGCAGCUGCUUCACCUGUACAAGCCCCCGCCCCCGUACCCCAUCAGCAACAGCACGCCGGACCUGGCCUCGCAGGUGCAUGCCCCGCCUCGCCGCCCCAACAUCGUCAGCACCCAGGUGAGUGGAUCCAGCCCCGACCUGGUGUCCUCGCGCAACGUGCAGCACCUCCUGAGCCGCUACUUGGACCACCCGCAGCACGUGGUGACCCCCGGCCCCGCCCCCCACCACACCUACACCGACCUGGUGGCGGUGCUGGACCCCCCGUACCGCCCGGAGCCCAUCUACGAGAACGUGCCGCUGGCGUGGGCGUCCCAGCCGGCGGGGGCGGACGACCUGCCAUCGGCUCGCAGCCGGGCCUCCAGCGUGCAGUCCGCGCCAGAGACCAGUCGCAGUGGCGCCCGCGGGGCCGAGCCCCACGAGCUGGCGUCCUUCUCCCUGCCCUUCCCGGCCGCCAAGAACAAGCUGGUCCCCACCGCGUCGGCCGACACCCUUAUCUCCGCUGAGUCGCCGACGCCGUCGAGUCAUCAGAGCCGGCGGGACACCGGCUCCCCCGCGAGCAGCGGCAGCCAGGAGUCGGGCGGCAAGCGGCAGCACAAGACGCGCAGGCGCUGGGCCCUGCUGGGCGGCCGCAGCAAGUCCGCCUCCAAGGCGUGCUCCAAGGGCCGCGAGGAGGGCUCGGAGCAGGAGGGCAGCUCACACCACCACCGCUGGAGCACUGGCCUGCCGCGGGUGCCCCUGCCCCCCACCUCGUCCAGGGAGACCAUGUUUCAGCUGCUGGAGAAAAAACUUGUGGACAGCCAACUGUUUUACGAGUUUGAAAAAAUCCUUAAGACGAAACCUAAUUCAGAUUUUUCAACUGCACUCCUGCCUGAAAAUGCUGUUAGGAACAGAUACAAGGAUGUGUUGCCAUAUGAGGAGAAUCGGGUGAGAUUGACUCCCAGUAAGGAAAACAGGACUGGGUACAUCAAUGCUUCCCACAUUACAGCGACGGUGGGCAGCCAACAGAGGUUCUACAUAGCAGCCCAGGGGCCUCUGCCCAACACCCUGGUGAGCUUCUGGCAGAUGGUGUGGGAGGCAGACGUGUACCUCAUGGUGAUGCUCAACAGCCUGCAAGAAGAGGGAGCCGUGCCGUACUGCCCCCCGCCGGCCGACCACCGAGGCCUGGAGCUGGGCGAGUUCCAGGUGUGGCGGCAGUUCUCGCAAGAGACGGGCCACUGUGUUACGACCAGGCUGCGCCUGUACCACGUCCCCUCGUGUCGCAUGCGUGCUGUCUGGCAUCUGCAGUACUCUGAGUGGGGCGACCAAGGUUGCCCUCCCAGCGUGGGACACUUCUUGGGUUUCCUGGAGGAGCUGAGCUCGGUGAGGCAGCACACGGUCGGGGAGAUCCCUCCCGGACACAACCGCAACCCUCCUGUGCUGGUCCACUGCAACGCUGGGGCCGGCCGCACGGGGGUGGCUAUCCUGUGCGACCUGCUGCUGUACACCCUGGACCACAACCAGGAGCUUGACGUGCCACGCGUGGUGACCUUGCUGCGACACCAGCGACCGCUCAUGGUGCAGACGGUCGCGCAGUACAGGUUUGUGUACAGCUUGCUCAUCCACUACCUGAAGCAGUCGCGUCUCAUUUGAGCCUCGUGCCAUAGCACUGUCGUCGUGCAAUAUUGUGCUGUGUCGCAAUGGCAGUUUUAGUGUCUGCUAGUAUUUGUUUGCAGUUAAUGAAUUCUAUAUGAAAUCAAAGUCAAUAUUUUAUGUUUACGAUAACUUAUGUUCCUGUUGUUAGUACGUAUAUGUUUCUUUAAUUUUGUUAGUUUUACAAUGUUUUACACGUGUUCUUAUUGUGUGUGAAUUUUUUUAGUAAUAUUUUACAAUAAUUGUGUUACCUUCCUAACGAGUUUUAAAUAUUAUGAUACGUAUAUAUUAGUUAGUAGUUUUGUAUUAAUUUUUUUAUAAUAAGCAAAUUAUUUAUUAUGUGCAAUCAUUUGUGGCAAAGAAAAGAUCUGACUAUUUUGAGGCCAGUAAUGCCUUAGAAUUUGAAUGGAAAACACUAACUACCCUCUUUUAUCGCAUAAUCGUCUAUACCUAUAUAUUUGGCCGUCGAAAAUGGGAUAAAAAAACUUCUCGCUUAAACGUCCAAUUAUGUUUUUAGUCCCGCUAUUAGAUGCCGAGUGCUUUGUGUAGGUAUCUUUUCCGUAUAAAACGAUGUAUUUUAAAGUAGAAUUCUAAUAUUUAUUCGGAAAUUACCACUUAUUUAAUUAACGGAAAUACGAAGUUGUCUGAUGUGUUAAUUUUCUUUUAAAGACGUUUUUAAACGUUAUUUCCUUUAUCUGAUCGUCUGCGUCGCCGCAGUGUACCGCUUAUGAACAUGUAGCCAACGUUAGUUGGCAUCAUUCAUGUUUGGUUAUGUUGCUUCCCUGUAUAGAGCGCGCGCACGUAGUCGAAUAUCGAUAUCUCGCCAAUUGCAUGCAGCACGCUCUCUCUGUCGAAUGCCGAGUUAACUACAUUUGAUGGCCCGCAUUCUUUCGUGGUGAAUGUGUACUACGGCAAUAGUUACGCGUUAGUUCACGUCGCAGAUUCAAGUGGCCUGCGUUCGCGUUAACAGUUUGGGCUUUCUAUACAGGAGCACAAUCCUUUAUCCGAAAUGGUCGGGACCAGCAGCAUUAUGAAUUUCGGAAUUUUUCGGAUUUCGGAAUUUUUCGGAUUUCGGAAUUUUAAUACAGGAGGCCUAGUAAAGCCAAGUUAGGUUAUGUCAGCUUUAUUAAGGAUUUCAAGCAACAUAGUACAAAAAACAACAAAGUACAUAACGUAAAUAAACACUGCAGCAUAAAUAAAUACCUGAAACAAUCGCCAAAAUAAUUUGUUUUUAACAACUGAUACUGUAAAACAUCUGGAGAAUGUUUAUAUGCGUCGUCAUCGCCGCCGAUGUCGCCGUCAACUCGUACGUCUCGUGAUCGGCCGGGAGCAGGAUUUUCCUUCUCCUGAGAUGAAGCAGCACGAAUGAUGGCAUUUUUAAAUGCCUCUUGAAGUGUCACUUGUUUUGAUUUAGUUUCCGCAAUAAUUCCACCUUCUGAGUUAUUGAUAAUGUUAAAUGUUUUCGUUUUUUUUCGCUACCACCCAUCUUCAUAUCGGAAUGCCUUUUUGCCAUUGCCGUCUUCAAAUAUGGCAACACGUUCGCGUAACAACACGGUUAACUACUAAACGCGAUAAAACAACUCCUAUCGUAGCCAAGCAGCAAGCUGUAACUGGCGCUAGUUUGCCGGACAAACGGUAAACACAGCGCCUCGGCAUUGCCAAAUUGCAUGCUGCCUUGCUGACGCAGUGCUGCCAAGUCACUCGCUCACACUAGUCACGCGAUCGCGACUUGAGUUUGCCACACAACUGCGAACAAUAUCGCGGACGUUGAAGUUUCGAAAAAAAUUUCGGAUUUUAGAGCUGUUCGGAUUUUGGAAUUUCGCAUAAAGGAUGGUGCACCUGUAUAAAGUUGAAGAAAGGUUUUUGUUUAAUGAAUUAUUAAUAUAAAUUGUUUGGCGUGCUCUUGUAUACUCCACCUUUUUUUUUUAAAUAAACGUACUUUCCAUGAACGGGUUUUGUUUUUAUGAAUAACUUUACCUAACAAAAAAAUUUUUUUCCACAUAAUUGUCGCACCCCUACUUUUCAAACUUGAUUUUAGAAUAAAAUGUGUUACGAUUAUGCGAGAAAACACGGUAAUCUUAGCUAUUUUUUAGUAAAGAAAAAUGAAUGUUAUUGUGUUUCAUAUUAAAUAGUCAUGAGAGGAAGCAGAUUCUCCUGAAUUAUAAAAUACUGUUGAAAACAUUUUACCUAAGUGGCAAUUUACAAUUAACAGUUUUUUGUUUUGUUACAGUUGUGAAUGCAAGUGAACUGUUCAUGUUAUUAGAAUUGCAUUCAUUAUUUGAUGCCCUACAUGCACACAACAUUGUACUGUUUUGAAAAUGUUGACAUAUUGAUCUAAGUUAAUGAAAUUAUUUGACCAAAUAAGUAAUUAAACUCAAAGAGACAGCAGUUAUUCUCGUAGAAUAAUUUUGUAAUAGUUUUGUACCUAAAAUUAUUUAUUGAGUUAAAUUGUUGGAAAAUAAAUAUAUCAGUCAACAGCAGCAAUAUAUCCCUCUUCUGUUUCGUGAUGGGUAAGUGGUAAGACUACUAAAAAUACAUUUGAAUGUAUCAAGAAAAGGAGCUGAUUGCCAUAAAGAUUGUCAUUUUUGUUUUUUUGGUUUGAUGAUCACAGGUGUCAGAAAUGCAUCAUAAUUAAUUUUUUGUUUGCAUUUUGCUAAAUCCAACUUCCUCUUUCGUUUAAUUUUGUCUCUUGCAAUAUUAGUUGUCCUGUGGGUAUGGACAAUUGUUUUUAGGACAUGUUUUGUUUUGUGGCAGUUCAAAUGUGUUAUAACCAACCAUAAGACUAUGAAAUUCAGGUUCAUGCAAAAAUGGGUUUUUCUAUCUUUGUCUCUCUUGUGACAAUUACUAGUCUGGGUACUUCCGCUUCUUCUAGUUUUCAAUUUAAAUUAGGUAGUUGCCAACGGGCUUGUUUUAUUUUACAUUCUUACAAUUUUGCAUUGACACUUGUUAAAGUGCUUAAUGUCCUUCAGUUUCAUUAGUUUGUCUUCAAAUAACAACUUUUAAGAGCCUUGUUUUUUGGUAUACAUACUUUUAACCAAUUUAUAUAUAACAUACAUAUAUAUUUCAUUAUGUCAACAUAAGCAUUAACUUUAGCAUAGACCUAAUGACAUGUAUGUAACUGCCAACUGAAAAAUAGUUAAUUUUUUAGAAGAAAAAAAAAGAAAUACAUGUGCCAUAAAUAGAUACACAUAUCAGAUAUUACAUCAAAUCUUAUUCUGGUUUCUAUUCUACAAAUCAGAACAUGACCACUAUAAGUACUCUUACAUUUAGGCAUACACUUUUAAGAGCAUGGUUAAACGGCACAGAUAAAUUACCCACAUCUGAAAACAUUCCCUUGAUUGAGAAGAAAGUGCCUGUCAGGUUACAGAAUAAUUAGUUGUUUACAGUUCCAAUCCAUUGCAAUGUUUAUAUUUAUGUUUCAAAGUUUAUUAGGAUGGGUCUUUGUUGUAUCCUAAAGGUAUUGGUAUUGUUCCACACAAUCAUUUGGAUUGUCAUUCACGUACAUAAGACAUAUUGGUUGAUUUUUCUGCUGCUGCACAACUCAUGACUGCAAUAUUUUUAGCUAUGGUUUGUUGACGUUAGACCAGCCAAUCAUAAGGAAGCAUAGAAGACUUUUCAUUUGGUAGUACGUAUGUACUUGCAAAACCUAAGUUUGAAUGAGAAAUAACCUCGUUUUGAUUAUGUUUAGAACAUUCGUGACAAAGAUAUGCUGAGUUAAACCUAUUCUAAUGAAGUACCGAAAGGGCUGUGGAACCAUGUCUUAAAUAAAACCUUUUGAUGUAGAAAUACACAUAGAUUUUUUCAAAGUUUGUUUGCCAACUUACAUAUCUAACAGCAUGUAUACAUUUAAGUGUAACAGAAAUGUUCUGAUUAGUGUGAAUACUUUUAUAGUUAAGUGUAUGCUAAAUAAAAGUACAAAUUUAUUUUUUUCAUAUUGAGCAUCAAAUUUUUUUAAACAUAGUGCUGGUAAAAUUAUUUCUUAUGCUUAUUGAGCAGUGUGUGAAUACGAAUAGCAUGUACAGUUAAUUUCUACGGAAAAAUGUAACACUUUGAUCUAUGUAUUUAAAAGUAUUAAUUGAUGUGUUUAAAUAAUUGUCUUUUGUUUAUGUAAUUUUUCAAUAUUGUGUUUUUAUUGAACAGUGAAAUGUGAUUAUUCAUUGUUAAUAUUUAUAGUAGUCUCCUUUGGUCUUUAUCUUAAUAGCACCCUGUGUUGUUUAUUAUUAAAACUUGCAAUAUUUUGUGCAAUGGUAAUAUACAGAAAUGAUGCAUAACUUUGCUUAAAAUAUUAUGUUCUUGUAACAGUACUUCAGUACUUUCUACUGGAAGAUGAAACCCUAGAAUACAUAUAUACAUAUACACACACACACACACAUAUAUACAUACAUACACAUAUACAUACAUACACAUAUACGUACAUACAUUUAUAUAUAAUUCCCAUAAUACUGACUGUUCACUUAAACUUCUUUUUGAAAUCAUAGCUAAGACAAGGUAUUUUUGUGUAUUAUUUUCUACAUUUUUUAUAUUGGAAUUUCGUCAGCCAGAAGGCUGAUAAUAAUCUUGCUGCUGCACAGUUUCCAAAUAUUGGAACGAAGACUAAACAUUCUUUAAAUCGAGGUAAAUAAAUAUACAUUAGAAAAUGUUAGAAAUAUUUUAAUUUUAAAUGACUGUCCCUCAAUCACUGUGAAUAUUUACCACUUUAACAAUGUUCACAUUUCACUAACACAACCUGAUGACUUGCUGUUAGUAGGGUAGCAUAAAGUUGCACAUGUAGUAGCUUAGUAACUGUAUAUAUCAAAUUAUAGCUCUGCUGGUAACAGUUUUUUUUUAGAUAUGCCUUUAUUUAUACAUACAGAACAAAUGUGCUAUUUGAUAAAAUUAAGUUAUAGAAGUAAACAAAGUGCCUUAUUUCUGAAUUUAAAAAAAAGCAUAAAAAUAUUUUCAGAAACAAGUUGCUAACAUACAUAUUUAAAUAUUAAAUGUAAAGUUUAUAUUUCCAAAAAAACUUAAUUUUAAAAUAAUGCUUAUCAGAAACUUAAUAAUGACAUAAUGUGGUUAUUAUCAUUGUAAAAUAAUUAUGUUUAACAAAAAAAAAAAAGUUCUGUAGAUUGGAGACCAAAUCUUAAAGCCCACUUUUCACUGUGCUGUUACCACUGUUAAUUUGACGUGUCAUUGAUGUACAUAUUGACUGAUUCAUUUGUCAGCUAUAAGAUAGUUAAGACAGUUUUUUGUCCCAUGCACACCAACUUCACCCUACUCAGUGGCUGUUUAACAGGCUUGUGCAAAUACAAGUUUUUUUUUUAGUUCAAAUUGUAUUUGAAUACAAACAUAAUAUUUUCGAAUAAGAAUAUCAAAUUUGAACAGCAAUAAUGGGAAAAAGAUUUUAAAUGUAUUUUCAUGACAGUUUAAAAGUGAUAUUUUUUAAUUUGAAUAAAUACUUGUGUAUGGUUUUGUGCAGUGGCAAUAGAUAUUUCAUAUUACACAUUAUAAAUACUUUUGCAGGGGUUGCAAACUGCUGAUUGUUUGUGUUUGCAAAUGCAGUUUCUGAUUGCAAAUUGUCCUGUGGUUUAAACUUGAGCCAUUCUGCUUUAACUAUGCACAUGAUUAAAUAAACUAUGGCUAAUAAUUAUAUUAGGCUCAUUAACAUCUGGGUACAAAUAUUGUGCAACAAUGAUUCAGCCUUCACGUUGAUACCUAGUUACACCAGGUGAUAAGCAACAACUUCACUAUGAAUACACUUUGAAUACAAUAAUUUGAUGUUUUGAAGUGUAAGGGUUUAAAAUUGAAUAAAAUGCAAAUAAUAAUUUUUUUGUUGUUUUAAAUUACUAAAUUUUAAAUAUUUGCACCAGCUUGCAGUUUAGUGCAUAUAGUAUGUAGUACUUUUAGUAUUUGGAUUUUGUAACGCAAGUCACUGUAAUGUAAGCCACUGUAUGUUCAUCCAAAUUGUUUUGUAACCUUAGAUCUUUUUACUAGGCUUUAUCCUUUUCUUGCAUAUUUUUAUUUUGUACAGUGGUUGUUAUUAAGUAUGGUAACUACUAUUAUGUUCAUUCCUUUUAGUUUAAAUCAAUACUGAGUUGGUUAUUUAAGAUGUUAUAUAGUCAGUAAGAAGCAGUCACAUUGGACUAUCAUAUCAGCCUCAGUAGCAAGUGCCUUAGUAUGCACUGCACAAUAAGUGUGCCUUUAAAGUCUUAAUAGUGAACUGCAUGUCAUAGAAACUAGAGAGUGUUUUGAAAAACACUGCCUCUUCAACACCAUAAUGCCAUGUGGUAUUACAUGUAGGUAUAUUAUGUGCAUGUUUUAUUUUUAAUAUUUGAAUAGUGUGUGACAUUCAAAUGCGACACAGUAAAUUUUACAUGUCAUCAGAUUUGUUUGCUAGUCACACUGCAUUUGCUUGUGGUAGUUGAGCAUCCACACAAGUCUUCCAUUCGCCAUUAUUCAAAUUUUAGAAGCAUUUUUUUUUUUUGCUCAGUCAUUUCUUCGAUGGUGGCAUUUCACCUUGAGGGUCAAUUGUUCGCAUCCCAGCACUUCUACAAGGAAAUCUUGCAUUUGGAAAGUAAGAGCAUACAUAGUAUUUUCUCAAGAGUUCCUUUGUACUUCUUACAUAUUAUCUAUGAUGGGUCAUGAUUUGUUCCAUCACUGUUGUUUCGUAGAGCUAGGUCAAUCUUCCAUUUCACAGAUCUUGUUGAUACUGAUGUAUUAUUAAUUAUUAGAGAUAAGAUAUGGUGAAUUGUAAUAAAACAGAAAUAAUAAUACCAAAAUUAAAUUUAAUACAACAUAAAGCACUGGAAUGCAACUACCUAAUAACAUUAAUUCAUUCCGAACUUCUAACCUAACUUUAUGUAUAUCAAAAAUAUAAUUUUAUCUUUAUACAGUUUAUAUACUACUUCAAUAUGACUUCAGAGUGCCCUACUAUACCAUAAUUCCACCACAAACAAUUCACCUAGCAUCUAGGUAGCUUCAUGUUCACUAGUUUGCUUCAUUAGCCCAGAAACUUACAUUCUGUAGUGAAGCAAUAUCUAGUAAUACAUAUUACAAUGGUUUUUUUUAGCAGAAUCAAUAUCUAAUUUAGACACAUUAAAAAUUGCAAGAGAAAAAUUUUAUGUCUGUUUAAAAGAAAAUCAGGAAAUUUUAAAAUAAUAAAUGAUUAAAACUAUUAUUUAAGCACACUAAAGCAAUUGCAAAUUAUGCGCCCACCCGCCCACGUAACACGUAGAUUUUUCAGUGAUGCAUUUCUUAGAUGCAAAAAAAAAUUUUAGGGUGCUAGUGUCUUAUUACUGUCUUCCUUUCUUUCAAACCUUCUAUAAUGUUACAGUUUUACUGCCCUGAGUGUGCUUUAUGAUAAAUUGUAAAAAAUGUAAAUAUUAGACAUUUUAAUUUUAACUGACUGAAAAAAUUAGAGUGAAAGAAUAAUAAUAUAAAUAUUACAUUCAGCUUUAUGUAAAACCUAACCCAAACUAGUAUGAUUUAUUUUAGCCCAUUCAAAAUACUUGAAAUGCCUAUGCAAAUUAAAAGAAACAUGAUUACUAAUAUGUGAACAGCUAAAAAAAAAAAAAAAAUAUUAUACGAAUUAGUACACGGUAGGAGUUGCGCUAUGUCACACGUUUGUUUUUAAUUUAAGAUUUUGUAAGAUAUUUUAUUCUUCCAUAGGUCUAUUUUUUAGCUAAAUAGGUAAUCAUCCCUGCCGCCUAGUGAAAAAAGGGACAAAAAUGUUGGGAUCUCAGCACAAAGAACUCCUUGUUUAUCAUUGAACACAGAGAAGGGUGUCCGACCCAUCACUAUUUUCUAUUUUAAAAACAAUUUUAGCUUAAAAAUAAAAAACCACAAAGUUGUUUCUAUAUAUUAAUGAUCUGGGAACUUUCUUUUAAUUUCCUCCUCUUUUAUUCGUCUACAAAACUAGCGUAUGAUUACUGAGAACAGAUGCCUGGAAAGAAUGAUGGGGGUGUGUAGUUUCAGAGCAAUAUGCUGUGGAAUAAUUGAAUGUUUGUGGGUGAUUAAUAAACAUGCCUGCUGCUAGUUACAGGGUGCAUAAAUGUGACUAGAAAUGGUUCGUACGUGUUGUGCUGCCUAGCGAUCCACCACAGAGUGAUGAUGACCACGAGCCAGUGGUACCGUGCCACUUUUAUAAUAUAUAAUAGUUCAACUAAUGUGAGACAUGAGUUUUGUAAAUGCAAUCGUGUGAGUAAAAUUUAAACACGUUUGCAAGACAGUUAUUCUAUUCCAAUUUGCAAUUAAAAAAACUUCUGGCACUAUUAUUUGCUGAUGUAGCAUAUUACGGUGGGUAUUAAUUGUAAACAUAGUUUUUCAUCACCUAAUGUACUGACCCACAUAAUAUCAUUAUUUCUGUAUGUUGAUAUGGGCACGUGCUCUCUCAAUUAUUUGUUUACCAAGUAUGAUAUGGUAUGUUAACAUCAUUACAUCAUCUUUGUUUAUUUGCAUUGAGCAGCACUGCUAUCAUGACCUUGACUCAGUCUAUUCAUAACAUCAUUCUUUACUAGAAAUAAGUUCAUGAAUACUUGCAAUACAACUAUGUGUCUUCUUCCUCUUAAGGUACAUUCAAAAGUGAAGAUGUGGGUAAAUAAUACAAGAGCAAGUGAUUGUUAACCAUUUCAGCAGUGCAAUAACUGUAAUAAUUUUAAAUAUGUACAUACUAGUUUUUUCGUGACUGCUUUCUGUUGCCAUUUUAGAUAACCUUAUUGCGGAAUUCAGUAGGUCGGUCAAGAGUCAGUUAACGGAGCUCUAUUUCAUUCAAAUUGGUGGCAUGUAUAAAAGGUAACAGGGGAAAAUAAAUGCUCUUCACAUGCCAUUGGCUACUUUGCAAGCACUUUAAGAAAUAGAUUCAUUCUGUUUGAAAAUAAGUAUUGACUAAGCAAAACGUGCUUGUUGAUGUUGCGAAAAACAUUUGUGCAUUUAAUACAAUUCUUGCAAAAUAGUUUUUUACUUUGGUAGUCAAAUUUUUCAUUUUAAAAAUUUAUAUUUUUCUUGUGAUGUUGCUAGUCUUUCACUACAUAAAGAUGUUAACAAGGUGCCUGUUGUAAACUUUUGUACAAAUGUUUGUUGCAGUAAUUAUAAAAGAAUGUUACAAUUUGUAAGCAAUACAGUUCAGUGUUCAUACUAAACCAUGUAAUUAUUUGAAAGUGUUCUUGUGUGGUUAUUUGUUAGCAUAUUUCAAAACAGUAUAUGUGAAGGUGCUCUUCUCUGUCAAAAGCAUGAAGUGUUAAUUUUUUUGGUUGUGCCUUUUUUACACUUUAGUGUAAUAUUAUAAGAUGUUAAUAAAUGUUGUUUUAAUUUUA